AUGAGUCAGGUAGUGUGUGGAUUCGAACAAAUGUCUCCGUUGCUAUGUGUAAGAUUUGUGCCAGACUCGACCAGGGACGGUUAGACAUGAAACGCAUGACCACGACCCUUCAACGUUGUAGUUGUUAGAAAAGACAUGUGUGAAUAGUAUCUACUGGAUUUUGCACACUGCCAAACUUCUAGGUCUCCCUCUCGUCGACCACUGAGUACCACCUUCGUUCGCCCCUGCUGUCGGAGCAAGCGAGAAAAGGCUUAGUCCUUUUUGCUGUGUAUCGUGGUGAAAAUUGUUUUGCGAGAGUAGAGAGUUACAUACUCCGUCAGUCGCGAGCUCCCUUUGCCGGAGCACAAGGACGCUGGAAAUUCACGCGAACCACAGCAGAAUCCUUCCACUACUACUUAAGGCUACUGAUCCACCUGAGGUCCUACUUUCAGUACUACUAAAUAUGUAUAACCCGGGCCGCGAGUAGAAGCUCUCUAAUUCUAGUGAAGAUCCUUCCAUAAUUACAAUACUAGAUUAUAUAAUGCGGUUAGUUUUUGCCUCUAGCGUGUAGCCCCUCAAAGAAUAUAUAAUGCUAGUAAAAGACAUCUAGUAACAAGUGUUUCUAAGCUUCACUGCCUUUUUCGGGCUCAAGAGCUUUUGGUCUGCACCUGGAGGAAGCGCCGCAGCCGGAACAGCCAAUUUAUGGGAGGAUCCGAACCGAAUUCGAACACUUUAUUUGCUUUCUAGUCAGAGAAAUCUUGGGCAGAUUGCCGAGUAGAUUCGCGUCAUCAUUUGCUUAGCCUUCUAGUUUUCGUCCUUCGUUCUUUGUUUCAUCGUCAGAUGAUGUGGCCCAACUCGUUACCUGGUCUCAGUUGCCCUGAAAAACACUACACCAGCGUCCUCCUCCAUUUUUCAUAGGUUUUAUUGAGCUCUGGGUUGCUGCCCUCGUUCCCAUUGGGAGAUCUCCGAUGUCAUGACCGAUAUGCAAUGACGCGAGAAAGGUAUGAGCGUCGGCGUCGACGCUUCGGAGGCAGUAGUCCCUCUGCGCAUAGUCCGUCUACGAAGUCCUCUUCGUCGAGUCCAAUGCAAAUUACGAGUAAAGCAGUUCCUUGUUCCUUAACUUUCAUUUUUUGCAAUUUUAGUGUUGAAGAUAUGGACUUUGUUCAACAUUGCUUGACAUUGUAGCUUUUCUAAUCUUUGAAAAACGUCAAAUAUUUCCGAGGAUCAAUUGCUGGCGACCGUAGCGAUGCAACCAGAAGCGCUGUUUUAUUUGAGCAGUGAGAACGAAGAAGUCGCGGAGCUCUCUCCAGGAAGUAGAGUUAUGAUGAGGAUUGCUGCGUCUUUUGGUUAGUCGGCACUCCCUCGUGGUGCUGAAUCAUGGAUAUUUAUAACUAUUUUUUUUUUCGCCGAUGGCUAGAUCAUGUCCAGAGCUCCUGAUAGCUUAGCCUACCUUUCAAAUGCUAGGGAAAUAGCAGCAUUACGAAAAUACUACGUGAUAAGUCUCCGUUCUUCUAAUGACCGACAGAAGGGCACUGGCACAGGCAGCAGGAGCAGUUAUACUUCGACUCUAGGCACCAGUCCCAAGGAGCCCUGCCUUGUUCGAUGGACCCCAGAAGACCUUACCAGUGCCAAGUUCGGCAAGAACGUGACCUUUGCGUUAGUUGCACGUCCAUUUUUGAGACGCACACUGGGUAUCCUAAAGCAGAACCGGUUUGAGUUGCGCAACUGCGUCACAGUAGCUUCUGCGGAGUCCUCCGCAUCGUCCUCCUCUUCGAGUGGGGAAGAAUUUACGAAAAUACAAAUAGUUCAAGGUCACCGAAUAGAUAGUUUUGAAUGAACUCACUUCUGCAGCGCUUCUUCAUCUUGAGUGCAAUCCUUCAUCUUCAACAUGGUCUGAAAUAUAUUUUCCCAUCUAAAAAGUCUUCGCUUUUCAGCCGAGUAAAGCGGCUCUUCUGGGACCAGGAUACUAAAGAUGGCUUUCUCCGCGAAAGCGACAAGGAAAACUUCCUAGAAAGUGCCUGGGCGGACGAACAAUAUUUUUAAGGACAGUCCUUGUCACCUACCAGCAAUACUCCACUCGAUUUUUUUAUAUGGAGCACGAAAUAAGUCAACGUUUGCGGACUCUACUUUCAGAUAGCUGGCUAGGCUAAACUUAUACUUCGUUGCCCCACAGCUUCCAUCUAACUUUUGUUGCAGCUGCACCGUGAGCACAACGCAUGCAAACGUCUCGUACAGUUGUGCGGCCACGGCGAUCCAGCAGAAAACGCCAAGAACAGCUAUGUCAGUCUAAGAAAAGGUACUGUUAACAAGUUGACUGCAUUGAUUCUAGCAACCGAACAUAUUGGUAACAGUUAACUAGUACGUUCGUAUUUUCAUAACGUUAUUGUACCUACCUAGUAUCAACAAGUACUUAAAUCAGAGAAAUACUGAAGCAGAGACUAGUGCUCUGGCUCUAUUGAUAGAUUUUUUUGUUUAAUUAUUUAUAGAAAUGUAACGACUUGGUCUUCUUCGGUUUAAAAUCAUACUUCGCUCAACGGACUAUUUAAAUUCAUUAUUUCAUUUUCAUCGCUAGCUUCAAACCCUUGUUGAGCCUACCUCGUGGAGACCCUUUGAAUUCAUUAUUUCAUCUCUACUCGGGUCGCAACGGAAUCAGGCAGCGAGAGUUGUCACGUGAUUCGCAAAUGAAUGAAUGAGUGAACCUUUCAAGAUCAAGUACUUCACACUCACAGUUCAGACUACACACUACUGAAAAAUCUUUAACUCGUCAGGCAAAAACCGCGCUCGUAGUGGCGUUCUAUGUACUAGCAGCGCAGAAUCAGCGAAGAUGAUGGCGCAGAUACUAACUGCAGACCCUACGGACUCAGAUGACCCAGAGCCCAGGAAAUCGAGUCUUUACGAAAAAAUUGCUAUUUGCACAACACGUUGAUGAGAGCAUUUUUGUCUUGUGUGUAAUCCGAGGAAACGUGAAAGAAAUAUCCUCGGUUUUUAGUAGUUUCCCGACCGAGGUGUAGCAGUAGAUUCAAAUCAUCCUAGUAAGCCUUCUAAUGCGUAUCAAAAACGAACCCGCUCCGCGCGUAUGUUGGCAGCAAAUCAGUUGAUGGGCUUUGUGCGGUGUUGGAUGCAGUUUCAGAAGUGCCAUCAUUAGCCGUGGCUGUGAAUGAGGAGGAUGGCUACAUCGCUCGCUUGGGCUUGCGAGAGGAAAGUAUCAUCCGAGAGCUCUCGAAGGACUUCGAUUCAAAGCCCAAAGACGACGCGGUGGAGAUUACCGCAGCGCUAAGAGCGGAAGAGAGGCACGACUGGGAUCGUCUCUUUGUGGGGAUCCUCUUCUAAUCGUCUCUUUGUGGGGAUGCACAAGGAAUUAUGAUGCUAGUGAAGAUGGUGCUGUUCCAAAGAGCCCGUUUUGACAGAGAACAAUCCUUGGCUUAUUUUCUUGUCCUCCCAUUGACUCUCUCAUAUAAGUAUCCCCUUUAAAGGGUAGAGGAAAGAGCAAGCGUGAGGCCGCUUCUCUACCAUCCCCACCUCGAAUGUCCUCUUCCCCGCAAGAAGGUGUUUCCUAGUGUCCCAACAGAGAACAAUCAAUACAGCGGCUAUCUCCUAUCGAACAAUCAAUGUUUUUCCAGAGUAAAUGAAUUUUGAAUGGAUUUUCCAAGUGGGUGUGUGUGUGUCUGACCUCAGAGAUGAAUGCACCAGUGGUAUGUCUACCUCCCUAGUGAAUUUGACUUUUUUUUAUUGUACGCUCUCGGCUCUUAACCACAGCUGACCGUUCGG